AUGGCCGCCAAUGUCAGAGCGCGGCGUCCAGCUUCUCCGCCGCCCGGUCUUCCACAUGUUGUUCCUUCAUCCCACAAAUAUCCGCCAAUACGACAAGACCACCUGAGCGCAGAUGAACGACGUGAAGCGGCUUCCAAGGGGUACGGACCUGGUCAAAGAAGUCAUUCACCAGGUGGUCUCAACAUCACAUCGGGGGAAUGGAAACUGCUGGCGGUUGUCCUUCUAAUUGCAACUGGCGUCAGGAUGUUCCGACUAUCGAAACCAGAUAGUGUGGUUUUCGACGAGGUGCACUUUGGUAAGUUUGCAGCGCGCUAUAUCAAGACGCGGUAUUUCGUCGACGUGCACCCUCCACUUGCAAAGUUGUUGAUCACUGCGGCGGCCUUCGUAUCUGGCUUCAACGGCGAUUUUGACUUCAAGGAGAUUGGCAAGGUCUUUGACAAUGUGCCAUAUGUGGCUAUGCGAAUGGUACCUGCUACGUUUGGAGUCGCAACUGUCCCAAUCGCAUAUCUCACCCUACGAGCCCUCGACUGUCGCGCAACCACCGCACUACUAGCAUCAAUAUUUCUGACAUUCGAGAAUGGACUAGUCACACAAUCUCGUCAUAUCCUGCUGGAUUCUCCCCUCGUAUUUUUCACGGCCCUCACCAUCUUCCUUUUUGUGGGGUUUUCGAAUGAGGACAAGAAAGAACCAUUUAGCACAGAGUGGUGGACAUGGCUUAUUUUGACUGGUCUGUCCCUGGGCGCUGUCGUAUCCUGCAAAUGGGUUGGUCUUUUUACAAUUGCGACGGUUGGUGUGUGCACUAUCCUGCGAUUGUGGCUUCUCUUGGGCGAUCUUCGUGUCAGUCCAAGGAUGUGGGCGAGGCAUUUCUUCGCGCGGGCUCUCUGUCUCAUCUUGAUUCCUAUCCUUUUCUACAUGACCAUGUUUCAGCUGCAUUUCCUUAUUCUUGGAAGCUCAGGAGAGGGUGACGCGUUCAUGAGCUCGGAAUUCAGGCAGACACUGGGGCGCGGGAUGGAGGAUACGUACGCAGAUGUUGCUCUUGGUUCAGAUAUCACAAUCCGACAUCUGAACACACAAGGCGGUUAUCUGCACUCCCAUGCUCACAACUACCCUGGAGGAAGUGCACAGCAACAAAUCACACUUUACCCGCAUAGGGAUGAUAAUAAUCUAUGGCGAGUGCUCAACGCAACAGUUGAUGGCUAUGAACAGUACGACUACGAGCACAAGCCUAUCGUGUAUAUUGACCACGGCUCUCGCAUCAAGCUAAGGCAUAUCGUGACCGACAAGGCCCUCCAUUCGCACGAAGUCCGCCCGCCCGUCUCGGAUGUCGACUUCCAGAACGAGGUUUCAGCGUACGGCUUGACUGGCUUUGUUGGCGACAUCAACGACGACUGGGUUGUUGAGAUUGAAAAGGGCGACAGAAGUGAUAAGGAGUCGAGCAAGCGCUUGAGGACGCUAAGAACGCAUUUCAAGCUCAGGCACCUCAACACAGGCUGCUACCUCUUCUCGCACAAGGUGAAACUCCCUGAAUGGGGUUUCGAUCAGCAGGAGGUCACGUGCAACAAGAACGCUGUCAAGGCCAACUCGUUAUGGUACGUCGAGACUGCUACAAAGCAUCCCCAACUAUCAACCGAUGCUCCAAAGGUCAAUUACAAGAUUCCUGGAUUCUUGUCCAAAUUCUGGGAGCUGCAGCGGGUCAUGUGGACAACGAAUGCUGGAUUGACCGACCGUCACAUGUAUGACUCUCGACCUUUGACUUGGCCUCGUCUUCGACGUGGUAUUAAUUUCUGGGUCAAGGAUCAUCGCCAGAUCUACUUAAUCGGCAAUCCAUUUGUUUGGUGGUCAAGCACGGCUUCGAUCAUCACAUAUAUGAUCGUCAGAGGCUUCCUCCUACUUCGCGCGAAGAGAGGAUACCGCGAUUUUGACAACACCAAGGUUGUCAAGUAUGAUUCCCUCUGUGGUUUUCUCUUUAUCGGGUAUUGCAUGCAUUACUUCCCCUUCUUCCUCAUGGGCCGUCAACUUUUCCUACACCACUACUUCCCUGCGCUGUAUUUUGCAAUUCUACUUAACUGCGCUGUUUUCGACCUCGCCACAUCGACUCUACGGCCCAAGAUUCGGUUACAGAUCGCUGCCGUCCUUAUGGUGAUAGCGGUCAUUACAUACUCGAAGUUCAGUUCCCUGACGUAUGGCGAUCCUUGGACGAAAAAGAAAUGCACGGACGCACAAUGGGUAAAAACUUGGGACUUUGCCUGGUGA